CUCUAAAAGCCAACCACCACCCACCUCACUCCAAAUUCCAAAUUCUAAAUAAAUUUUAAUACCCAGUGUUCCCCCAAAGAAACCUCUAAUCACACAAUGGGCCUCAUCAACGACGCCUCCGGCGCCCUCGGCGGCGCCCUCGAACACGUGAGCGGCACCCUGGGCUGCAGUGUAAAAUUCGACACCUCAUCUAUCCCCUCCCAAUCAGGCAAAGUAAUCCUCAUCACCGGCGGAAACAUCGGACUAGGCCGCGAAACCUGCCGCGUCCUCGCAGCCCACCAGCCACGGCGUAUCUACCUCUGCGCGCGCACCGCGUCCAAAGCAGAAGCUACGAUCAAGGAAUUGAAAGAAGCGCAACCCGACGCACCGCUCACCUUCCUCCCGCUCGACCUGGCGGAUUUGGAAUCCGUGCAGGCGUGUGCGAGGGCGUUUGUAGCUAAGGAGGAUAGGCUGGACUUGGUGUUUUGCAAUGCGGGGAUUAUGGCUGUGCCGGAGGGGGUGACGAAGGAGGGGUACGAGGUGCAGUUUGGGACGAAUCAUGUUGGGCAUGCGCUGCUUGUCAAGCUGCUGUUGCCGGUGCUGCAGCGGACGGUGGAGGAGGUGGAGGGGGCGGAUGUGAGGGUCGUUACGUUGUCGUCUGUGGGACACCACUUGGCGCCGGCGGAGGGAAUUGAGUUUGCGGCUCUGAAGGGGGAGAUGGGACAUCUUUCGACGUGGAAUAGGUAUGCACAGAGUAAGCUGGCGAAUAGGUUGUUUGCGGGGCAGUUGGCGAAGAGGUAUCCGGGGAUCAUGAGCGUGAGUGUGCAUCCUGGAGUUGUGGCGACGAAUCUCUACAGUAACUUUGUGGGGGAUGUGGGGCUGAAGAAGAUGGGGUUUUGGUGGUAUAAGGCGCUGUUGUCGGUGUCGGUGGAGGAGGGGUCGAAGAAUCAGCUGUGGGCUGCGACGAGUCCGAGGGAGGGGUUGGUGUCGGGGGAGUACUACUUUCCGGUUGGGAUAUUGGGGAAGGGGAGCAAGCAGGGCGCGGAUGAGGAGCUGGGGAGGAAGCUGUGGGAGUGGACUGAGAAGGAGUUGGAAGGGUAUACGCUGUGAUGCAAAUAGAAAAC